AUGAAUCUUGUUGGCACGGCAAAGAGACAAUUUCAAAUGAUGAGAGAUGGUGAAUGGAAACAUCUGAUGGAUGACGUCUCUUCAUUUUGUGUCAAACAUGACAUUUUAAUUCCUAAAAUGGACGAUCUUUAUGUUUUACCUGGAAGGUUGAAGUGCAAGGUCUCUACCGUCAUAUAUUCACAUCACUUGCGCGUGGAAGUUUUCGAUGCUAUUGAUUCACAAUUGCAGGAGCUUGACAGGUGCUUUGAUAAAGUGAGUAAUGAUUUACUUCUUGGUAUGGCUAGUCUGAGUCCAGUAAAUUCUUUUGCUAAUUAUGACAAGGACAAGAUAAUGGGAUUAGCAAAAUAUUAUCCAAAUGAAUUUGGUGACAACAAGCUUCAAGAACUCAUUAGCCAGCUUGACGAUUACAUUGUUUACAUGCGACAAUCUGACAAUAGGUUCUCAAACCUGAAGGGACUUGGUGAUCUUUCCAAGGCGUUGGUUGAAACAAAGUUGGAUUUAACAUGGUCACUUGUUUAUUUGCUUUUGGAAUUGACUUUGAUUCUUCCCGUUGCUGGUGCAAGUGUUGAAAGAUCCUUCUCUUGGGUGAGAAACAUCAAAAGUGAAAUGCGCAAAAAAUUUGAUGAAGAAUUCUUCAAUGAUUGUUUAGUGUGUUAUGCAGAAAGUGAUGUAUUUGAAGGUGUACCAGAUGCUGCUAUUAUUAAUCAGUUUCAUAGUAGGACUCUGGCCGAGAACAAUUGA